GGCGACUGGUUCCAGUUCACUCGGCGGAGGAGCCGGCGGAGGGGCGAGCGCGGGGCGCGCGGGCGGGAAGCGAGCAGGCGGGCGGGCGGGCCAGCGCGGAGCGCGAAGAGAAAGGCGCGAGCGGCCCAGAGGGCACCGGCCCGACACCUUGCUGCCGCCGCCGCCGCCGAGCCGCCCUGUGCUGCCUGAUCCAGCUCCAGGGCCACCGCCAUGUCGAGCCGGGGUGGGAAGAAGAAGUCUACCAAAACCUCCCGGUCCGCCAAGGCAGGAGUCAUCUUCCCUGUGGGGCGGAUGCUGCGGUACAUCAAGAAAGGCCACCCCAAGUACAGGAUUGGAGUGGGGGCGCCAGUGUACAUGGCCGCCGUCCUGGAGUACCUGACAGCGGAGAUUCUGGAGCUGGCUGGCAAUGCGGCCAGAGACAACAAGAAGGGACGGGUCACGCCCCGCCACAUCCUGCUGGCCGUGGCCAACGAUGAAGAGCUGAAUCAGCUGCUAAAAGGAGUCACCAUAGCCAGUGGUGGGGUGUUGCCAAACAUCCACCCGGAGUUGCUAGCGAAGAAACGAGGAUCCAAAGGGAAGCUGGAAGCCAUCAUCACGCCACCCCCAGCCAAAAAAGCCAAGUCUCCAUCCCAGAAGAAGCCCACGUCUAAGAAGACAGGAGGCAAGAAGGGGGCCCGGAAAUCCAAGAAGAAGCAGGGAGAAGUCAGCAAGGCAGCCAGUGCCGACAGCACGACCGAGGGCACGCCCACCGAUGGCUUCACAGUUCUCUCCACCAAGAGCCUCUUCCUCGGCCAGAAGCUGAACCUUAUUCACAGUGAAAUCAGUAAUUUAGCCGGCUUUGAGGUGGAGGCCAUAAUCAAUCCUACCAAUGCUGACAUUGACCUUAAAGAUGACCUAGGAAACACGCUGGAGAAGAAAGGUGGCAAGGAGUUUGUGGAAGCUGUUCUGGAGCUCCGGAAAAAGAACGGGCCUUUGGAAGUAGCUGGAGCUGCUGUCAGUGCAGGACACGGCCUGCCCGCCAAGUUUGUGAUCCACUGUAACAGUCCCAUCUGGGGUGCAGACAAGUGCGAGGAGCUUCUGGAAAAGACAGUGAAAAACUGCUUGGCCCUGGCGGAUGAUAAGAAGCUGAAGUCCAUUGCGUUCCCAUCCAUUGGCAGUGGCAGGAACGGAUUUCCGAAGCAGACGGCAGCUCAGCUGAUCCUGAAGGCCAUCUCCAGUUACUUUGUGUCCACAAUGUCCUCCUCCAUCAAAACAGUGUACUUCGUGCUCUUCGACAGCGAGAGUAUAGGCAUCUACGUGCAGGAAAUGGCCAAGCUGGACGCCAACUAGGCUGCGGAACGACGGGGCCAGCCCACACCGUGCUCCCAGCCUCCAAUGUGAAAGAAAGAAAAGAAGAAAAAAUCCCCUUCAUUCCACCUGGGAGGCGGGAACCCUUUCAUUUUUGGUUUGCUCAUCUAGGGAAAAAAAGGUUUUGAUUUCCAGUUUGUUUUCGACUUUCUAAAAUGUUUUUACGUUAGCACUGAUAGUUGGCAUUACUGUUGUUAAGCACUGUGUUCCAGACUGUGUCUGACUUUAGCGUAACCUAGGAGAUUUUAUAGUUUUAUUUUAAUGAAAUCCUGCUUGACGCAGAGCAGCGGGAGAGCAGCGUCUACUACAGGAGGCAGAACCCAGGAGCCCGAGUCGUAACCAUGUGUCGUGGUGCUUUAUCGUACACCCGUGGCGUUCUUUUUACUAUGAUGCUCCUUUUUUUUUUUUUUGUCCUUCAAGAAGAAUCAUGAAUAUGCCGCAGACUUAAUUUUUGUUUACUUUUUGUCUUAACGAUGGAUUUGAAAAUGAAAGAUUUAAAAGACAAAACAAGAGUCUGUUGUCCUUAAUUAUAUUUGCGAUUUGUGUGAAUUGAUUUAGUAAAAUGUUAAACUGUU